UUCGCAGCAGCCAAAAAUUAAAGAUAAAUACAUAUACAUAAGUAUCCGGACCUGUUCCAUUGCAAUCCGCCUACAAGCACCGUGUUCGGAGUCUCAAUCUCCGUCGGUCUCCAUGGCUGCUAGUGCCCCGUUCCUUUCCCUACCCUCGCAAGCAUCUCUUACUUACGCACUGCCAAAGCGAACAAGUAUCAAAUCACUAGCUGAAUUGCCUGGUCUUACUUCCAUGCCUCCCAUUUACACGUUCCCAACAAACGCUAAUGAUCAACCAUUUUCAGACGCAAAAGAAUCUAUCCCCACCGUUGAUUUCUCUCAUCUCACUUCCAAUAACCCUGAUGAACGCUCUAAAGUCCUCCAAGAGCUUGGAGAAGCUUGUCAGGACUGGGGCUUCUUCAUGGUGAUAAAUCAUGGGGUGCCGGAGAGCAUGAUGAAGGCAAUAAUUGAGGCGUGUAGAGGAUUUUUUGAGCUAACGGAGGAAGAGAAGCAAGAAUUUGAAGGGAAGCAUGUGCUGGACCCCAUUAGGUGUGGUACCAGUUUCAACGUUUCAGUGGAUAAAGUUUUAUUCUGGAGGGAUUUUCUCAAGGUCUUUCAGCAUCCUGAGUUUCACUCACCCAACAAGCCAGCUGCCUUCAGUGAAAUUGCUUUAGAAUUCAGCAAAAGAGUCCGGCAAGUAGCAAGAAUAAUAGUAAGAGGAAUAUCCGAGAGUUUGGGAUUAGAGGAGAAUUAUAUUGACGAGGCCUUGAAUUUGGAAGAUGGCUUGCAAGUCCUAACAGCCAACUUCUACCCACCAUGUCCGCAGCCAGAGCUCGCAUUGGGGUUGCCUCCUCAUUCGGAUCACGGUCUUUUGACCCUUCUAAUACAAAAUGAAAUCAGGGGCCUUCAAGUGCAGCACAAAGGGAAAUGGAUGAAUGUCAAUCCAAUUCCCAAUUCAUUUCUAGCUAACGUUGGAGAUCAUAUUGAGAUUUUGAGUAAUGGGAAGUACAAAAGUGUUCUACAUCGAGCAGUGGUGAACAACAAAGAUACAAGGAUAUCCAUAGCCAUGCCGCAUGGACCAGCACUCAAUGCAGUUGUUGCCCCAGCUUCGAAGUUGCUGGACCAUGAGAACAAUCCACCAGCAUACAAAGCAAUGAAAUAUAAGGAUUAUUUGGAGCUUCAGCAGAGCAGCAAGCUUGACGGGAAAUCUUGCUUGGAACGUAUACAAGACAGAACAGUUUAAUUACCACACUCUGUACACUUUUCUUUUAGUAUAAAACUUCUUUAGCUAAGGUACUUUUUUUAGUAUAAACAUGUGACAAGAAUAAACAACUAGUUUGUGAAAUUUGUAUACUUCUCUUUUUAUGUAAAAAAUAAUAACUCAUAUAUAUAAGUCAAAUUCAAGCGAUUUAAGUGCAA